AUGGAUGCUAUUUUAAUUCUUGCCAUUGGACUUUUAAUUGUCUUCGUCGGAGCUCUUUUCUACGCCAAGAGACGUCAGCCAGAGCCGGAAAAUGGUCGCGAACAACCUGCUGCUCCACGACGUUUAGGUCCAGUUGAUGGCAAUCUACCACGAGCUGCACAAAUUCGUCGCCGAAGAGGGUUCAAUCCAGCACAUGGAUACGAGGGUGGAGCGCAAAAUAACGAUGAUGACAAUGACAAUGAUUUCGAUCCGACGACAAUGGACGAUACCGUAGAACUUGAUUCUAAAAUGGGCACGAAGAAACGAUUGAAAAUGGAGGCUAAAGCUGAAAAGCAACGGCAACGUGAACAAGACGCAAUUGAACGUCAAGAAAGAAGAGAACGUGAGGAGCAAAGAGCUGAAGAACGGCGACAGAAAGAAUUAGAAGAAGAACGUCGUGAAAAAGAACAAGAAGAAGAAGAACGACGAAAAAAAGAGGAACGUGAACGAAAAGAAUAUGAAGAGUACCUCGAAUUGAAAAAAGCGUUCACCAUCGAAGAGGAAGGGCACGAUCAAAAUCCAGAUGAUGCCGACAACGAAUCGGCUUUGAAUCAAUUUGUUGAAUACAUCAAAUCAGCAAAAUUUAUGUAUCUGGAUGAACUAGCUGCUCAAUUCAAACUUCGAACCCAAGAUGUUAUUGAUCGUUUGAAAUACCUUCAAGACUCAGGUGCAAUCACUGGAUUGUUCGACGAUCGUGGCAAAUAUAUUUAUUUAACACGUGAUGAAAUGGAUCAUGUAACUAAGGCGAUUCGUCAACGUGGUCGAAUAUCGUUUAGUGACCUAUCGAAAAUAAGUAAUCAAUUGAUUGAUUUUAGCGGCACGCGGACUGUCAAUGAAAACUUAUUGGAAACUGAUGAAACCACCAGUUCUUGA